AUGGCGCCCGCACUAGAACUUACAGAGAAGCCCAUCCAAAGUCUGCUCACGAAAGCAGUCUCUGGUGUUCGCAAUGGAGCUUCAGCCGGUGUCGGUAUCGGAUUAGAAAGCCCAGAGAAGCACCAGCGUGUGAUGAAUGUCUUUCGAGCCUUCAUUGCCGAUCUUGCGCAGCAGUAUGGAGAAGGCCACGCUGGUGCCCCAUUGGGUAUGGCUGCCAUCGGUAUCGCCUUGUAUAAAUAUGUCAUGAAGUAUUCCCCAAAGAACUGCAAUUACUUCAAUCGCGACCGUUUUGUCCUCUCCAAUGGUCAUGCCUGCCUAUGGCAAUAUUUGUUUAUGCACCUUAUUGGUAUUCCGAGCAUGACACACGAUCAACUCAAGACAUAUCACUCGGCGAGACUUGACUCUCUCUGCCCUGGUCAUCCCGAAAUUGAGAUUGAUGGUGUGGAGGUCACAACGGGUCCUCUCGGCCAGGGUGUGGCUAAUGCCGUUGGACUCGCCAUGGCCACUAAGAAUCUGGCUGCUACAUACAACAGACCUGGCCACGAGGUGGUAAAUAACAUGACGUGGUGCAUGGUCGGUGACGCCUGCCUUCAGGAAGGUGUCGGUCUUGAAGCGCUCUCACUCGCUGGCCACUGGAAGUUGAACAAUCUAUGUGUCAUCUUCGACAAUAACAACGUUACGUGCGAUGGAAGUGCAGAUGUUGCUAACACUGAGGACAUGAACAUGAAGAUGCGAGCUACUGGUUUCAAUGUGGUAGACGUGUACAAUGGGGACACAGAUGUUGCUGCCGUCGUGAACGCGCUCAAUGCCGCUCGCCAUAGCGAUAAGCCAACAUUCCUAAACGUCCGCACCGUGAUUGGUAUUGGAUCCGCCAAGGCCGGCACGGCUGAUGUGCACGGAUCUGCCCUGGGUGUCGACGAAGUGGCCAACCUUAAGCGAUCGUUUGGCCUCGACCCUCACGAACACUUCUACAUUCCAGAGGAUGUCUAUGACUUCUUCCGUGAUAUCCCUGGCCGUGGCGAGGCUCAUGAAGCGAGUUGGCAUGCGGCUGUUGACAAAUACCGUGAAGAGUACCCCGAGUUGGCCGCUGAAUUUGCGCGCCGUGUUGCAGGAAAGCUUCCAGAAGACUGGAACAAGUACAUUCCUAACAAGGAAGAACAACCUACUGCACCCACUGCCUCCAGGAAAUCUGCUGGUGUGAUAACCAAUGCCCUGGGACAGAACAUCAAUUCGUUCUUGAUCGGAACUGGGGAUCUUACGCCCUCCUGCAAUGUCGCCUACAAGAACAAAGUCGACUUCCAGUCUCCUGACCUCCAAACUGUGUGUGGUCUGACCGGAGACUACAGCGGUAGAUACAUUCACUAUGGUAUCCGGGAGCAUGCCAUGUGCGCUAUUUCCAACGGGCUUGCUGCAUUCAACAGAGGCACCUUCAUCCCCAUGACGAGUACAUACUUUGUCUUCCAUUUGUACGCCGCUGCCGCUAUCCGCAUGGCCGCACUACAAGGCCUCCAGCAGAUCCACAUCGCCACCCACGACAGCAUCGGAGUCGGCGAGAAUGGACCUACGCACCAGCCCAUCGCAGUUGCUGCGCUAUGGCGUGCUAUGCCUAACCUACUCUAUAUCCGCCCCUGCGAUGCAGAAGAAGUUGCAGGCGCUUACAACGCCGCCAUUCGCGCGACUGAGACACCGACUGUCAUUUCACUAUCCCGUCAGGGUUUGACCCAGUAUCCUCAAUACUCCUCACGCGAAGGUGUAAUCAGAGGCGCGUACGUUUUUGCUGAGGCAGAGGGCAAUGACUUUGACGUCACCAUCAUCGGAGUCGGCUCAGAAAUGGUAUAUGCGAUGCAGACCCGCAAAUUGCUUCUUAAGGAGUAUGGACUCCGCGCACGGAUUGUCUCAUUUCCUUGCACAAGGCUUUUCGAGCAACAGUCUCGAGAAUACAAGCACUCUGUAUUGAAGCCUCGCGCCGGCAAGCCCACUGUCGUGAUUGAGGCUUACCCGUCUAACGGAUGGGAGCGCUAUGCUGAUGCAUCCGUGUCCAUGAACUACUUUGGAAAGAGUUUGCCUUCGAAGGAUGCAUAUGCUCAUUUCGGGUUUGUGCCAGAUCGCAUCGCCAUCAAAAUCAAGGACCUGGUAGCGGAAGUAAGACGCGACGGGAUUGAGGUCUUGAGGGGCGACUUUAGGGAGUUCAACGGGAGCCACUGGAUUGAACUUGAGUUUUAG